AUGCGUCGUUAUGAAACAUCGUCUGAGGAUGCUGACUGGCUCGACGAAGACGAAGUUGAUUGUCUGAGAAACAGAGGACGUGGAGGAUACCAUACUGGACGAGGACAAGGAAGACGAAGCAGUACAGGACAACAGGACACCGGACAAGAAGACAAUACAAGGCAAGGCAUGACACAAGACAACGAGGAAGAGGAAAUCAUUGGAGAUAUGGACACAAGAGGACGAGGAUAUGGCAAUAGAAGAGACAACUGGACCAGGGAACAGAGUGAUGCAAAUUUAGCAGGUUAUGAUCAUAAUGCAUUCAUGAGCAAUGCAUUGCAAGAUAAGAACUUGAAAGAAAGUGUGAUAGAUGUAAAGAGAGUGAAUGAUAGAAUAAUAGUUGUUAAAAUAAUGUAUGAAAGUUUGAUAAUAAAUGUUAUAAGUGUGUAUGCUCCUCAAGUCGGUUGUGAUGACAGGGUGAAAGAACAAUUUUGGACGGAUUUCGAUGCAGUAAUGAUGAAUGUGCCGACGAAUGAACAGGUAUUUGUGGGAGGAGACUUUAAUGGCCAUGUUGGCAGAAUGAGAGGGAAUUAUGAAAGAGUGCAUGGAGGGUGGGGGUUCGGUUUUCAGAACGACGAGGGUGAAGCCCUGCUACAGGCUGCUACUGCGUUUGACCUAGCAGUGGUAAAUACGUGGUUCCAAAAGAACAUCGAACAUCUGAUCACUUAUAAAAGCGGUCACCACGUGACACAAAUAGAUUACUUUUUGGUCAGACGCAGUAGUUUAAAGAACAUCAAAGACUGCAAGGUGAUACCAAGCGAAGCUGUAGUCUCGCAGCACCGACCCCUAGUUAUGGAUGUGAUUUUAAGUACCCGGCCAAAAGCCAAAGAGAGACGGCCCCCCAAAAUCAAAUGGCAUCUGUUGGGGAAGAGAGAGAAUUGGCCCAGGAAUUUAGAAAAGUAG